UCACAGAGCCUCUCCACACGCUUCCAGCGACACACAAAACGAGCGUUUCCUUCAAGAUGUCAUCUGGACACGACCUGAACAAGUCCAGCACGAUAUGAAGAUUGUGUGUUACAAGUUACAUUUGAUUUGUAGAGUCGAAGAAAUCAUUCCAGCGAGAUAGUUCCCGGCUCCUCGACUUCUUUUAUCCACUUGAAAAGCGCGACAGACAGAGUUGGUGAAGAUCUUCAUACACCGCCUACAAGAGCAACUUCAAGGACUGCUGGACACCAGAUCAUCUUUUAAAAGCCAAGUUUGUCACCAUGAGUUCCGAAAAGAAAGUGGAGGACGAGGCCGUCUUGGACAGAGGAGCGUCCUUUGUCAAACAUGUCUGCGAUGCACAGGAAGUGGAAGGUCACCACACUGUGUACAUUGGUGUGCAUGUUCCCAAGAGCUACCACCGCAGGAGACGCCACAGACGCAAGUCUAGCCACAAGGACAAGCGGGAACGAACUGAACACAGCACAGAAGGAUACAAGUCGGAUGGGGAGAACGCAGACGAAUCCACCGUGAACAUCCUCAAACCUCUCAUUUCUCCUGCUGAGAGGAUCAGGUUUAUCCUGGGAGAGGAGGACGAUGGUCCCCCACCUCCUCAGCUCUUCACCGAGCUGGACGAACUACUGGCUGUGGACGGGCAGGAGAUGGAGUGGAAGGAGACAGCCAGGUGGAUCAAGUUCGAGGAGAAGGUGGAGAAGGGCGGCGAGCGCUGGAGUAAGCCUCACGUGGCCACGCUGUCCUUGCACAGCUUGAUGGAGCUCAAAACGUGCAUCGAGAAGGGAACCAUCAUGCUGGACCUGGAGGCCUCCACGCUGCCGCAGGUCGUCGAGACGAUCAUCGACAGCCAGAUUGAGACGGGUCUGUUGAAGGCGGAGCUGAAGGAGAAGGUCAUGUACACGCUGCUACGGAAGCAUCGCCACCAGACCAAGAAGUCCAACUUGCGCUCCCUUGCUGACAUUGGCAAGAGUGUUUCCAGUGCAAGUAGGCUGUUCACCAACCAGGAGAACGGUAGCCCAACCACCGCCCACAGAAACCUCACCUCCAACAGCCUGAGUGACUUCUCUGACAAACCAGAGAAGGAUCAGCUGAAGAAUAAAUUCAUGAAAAAAUUGCCCCGUGAUGCAGAGGCAUCAAACGUGCUGGUUGGAGAGGUGGACUUCCUGGAAUCUCCCUUUGUGGCGUUUGUUCGCCUGCAGCAGGCCGUCAUGCUGGGGGCCCUGACCGAGGUCCCUGUGCCCACGAGGUUCCUCUUUGUCCUGCUAGGCCCCAAAGGUAAAGCAAAGUCCUAUCAUGAAAUUGGAAGAGCCAUUGCCACCCUGAUGUCAGAUGAGGUGUUCCAUGACAUUGCCUAUAAAGCGAAGAACAGGGAGGACCUGCUGGCUGGUAUCGAGGAGUUUCUGGAUGAGGUCAUCGUGCUGCCCCCCGGAGAGUGGGACCCUGAUAUCAGGAUAGAGCCCCCCAAAUCUCUGCCCUCCUCAGACAAGAGGAAGAACAUGUAUGCGGGAUUAGAGGCGAUUCAGAUGAAUGGUGAAACUCCCCAUGACGCCGGACAUGGAGGCGGAGGAGGACACGAUGUUGGACAGGAGCUUCAGCGUACUAGAAAGUUUUGUGGAGGUCUUGUCCUGGAUAUCAAGCGGAAGCUGCCAUUCUUUGCAAGUGACUUCUACGAUGCUCUCCACAUCCAGUCUCUGUCGGCCAUCUUGUUCAUCUACCUGGGCACAGUCACCAAUGCGAUCACAUUUGGAGGCUUGCUUGGUGACGCUACAGAAAACAUGCAGGGAGUGUUGGAAAGUUUCCUGGGUACGGCGCUGACGGGAACAGUGUUCUGUCUGCUGUCCGGUCAGCCGCUAACGAUCCUCAGCAGCACGGGCCCGGUGCUCGUCUUUGAAAGACUUCUCUUCAGCUUCAGCAAAGACAACGACUUAGACUACCUAGAGUUCCGGCUGUGGAUCGGCCUGUGGUCGGGUGUCUUCUGUCUGGUGCUGGUCGCCACCGACGCCAGUUUCCUGGUGCAGUACUUCACCCGAUUCACAGAGGAAGGCUUCUCUGCGCUCAUCAGCUUCAUCUUCAUCUACGACGCUUUCAAGAAGAUGUUAAAUCUGGCCCACCACAACCCCAUAAACUCCGACUACGAUCCCUUACUCGUCAGUAACUACGACUGCAGCUGCAUGCCUGGCAACUCAUCAGAACUCCAUAAUGUCUCCUCGUGGACAAACAGUACUGAUCUGCCAGUGGACGCCACAUGGGCGUCCCUGAACAAGGAGCAGUGUCUGGAGUACGGAGGGAAGCUAGUCGGAGACGCCUGUGGAUUCGUGCCUGACAUCACACUGAUGUCCUUCAUGCUGUUCUUUGGGACCUACACCUGCUCCAUGGCUCUGAAGAAGUUCAAGACGAGCCGCUUCUUUCCCACCACAGUGAGGAAGCUUAUCAGUGACUUUGCGAUCGUCUUGACCAUUCUUCUCUUCUGCGGCGUGGACGCCCUCGUCGGUGUGGCGACUCCAAAGCUCAUAGUGCCAAGUGAAUUCAAGCCCACGAGUCCACUGAGGGGCUGGUUUAUUCCUCCUGUUGGAGCGAACCCUUGGUGGGUUUACCUGGCAGCUACUCUUCCUGCUCUGCUGGUCACUAUUCUGAUAUUUAUGGACCAGCAGAUCACUGCUGUGAUUGUCAACAGGAAGGAGCACAAACUCAAGAAAGGGGCAGGGUAUCACUUGGAUCUGUUCUGGGUGGCAGUGCUGAUGAUAAUCUGCUCUUUCAUGGGCCUGCCGUGGUACGUGGCCGCCACAGUCAUCUCCAUCGCCCACAUCGACUCUCUGAAAAUGGAGACCAAGACGUCAGCCCCCGGGGAACAGCCCAAAUUCCUGGGUGUCAGGGAGCAAAGAGUCACCGGCAUCUUCGUGUUCCUGCUGACGGGCCUCUCUGUCUUCAUGGCCCCUAUCCUCAAGUUCAUUCCCAUGCCUGUGCUGUACGGCGUGUUCCUCUACAUGGGCGUGGCCUCACUCAAUGGCGUCCAGUUCAUGGACCGGCUGCAGCUGCUCCUGAUGCCAGCCAAGCACCAGCCGGACCUGAUCUACCUGCGGCACGUCCCCCAGAGACGCAUCCACCUCUUCACCUUCAUCCAGGGCCUGUGUUUGGCCCUCCUCUGGAUCCUCAAGUCGACAGUGGCGGCCAUCAUCUUCCCCGUCAUGAUCUUGGCGUUGGUCGUGGUUCGUAAGGCGAUGGACUACGUGUUCUCCCAGCACGACCUCAGCUACCUGGACGACGUCAUCCCAGAGAAGGACAAGAAGAAGAAGGAGGACGAGAAGAAAAAGAAAAGCAAGAAGAAGGGAAGCAUAGACAGCGAAAUCGAAUUUUCUGACUACCCCUACCUACAUGAAAAUGUACCCAGUAUAAAAAUCUCUAUGGAUAUGAUGGAGGAGCAGGAGCCCAUGUUGGGUGAUAGAACUAUGGAUAGAGAUCAAUCCAAGACUUUCCUUAACCCGCAUUCGUCGUGCUGAGCACUACUACGACUCUUCCACAGUGGCCGAGUGAUCUCAACAGAAGUUCAUACGCAAAAGGUUUGCCUCAGAUUCGAAUAGACGGGGACUCUGGGGAUAACACUUUCUUCUGGAGGAAGGGUUCUGAAACAGAUCUGUGAAUGACGCAGCAGAACCAGCACAGCACAGCACAACAUCCUCUUUUUAUUUAGUUUUAUAUCGAACCACUUUGCAACAGUGUUUUUAAAAAUAUUUCCUGUGUAAGGAUUUAAAUCAGAAUGGCUGAAAGUAUUUGUCUUUUUUUUAAAAUUGAAAACACUUUGGUGGUACUGAAUGUUAAUGAGGGCUGACACAUGAUACGUUCAUGCGUCCGUAUGAGUUCUUGCAGAAAACAAAAAGGUCAUUUGUAUGCAAUUUUUAUGGGACAUUAAUAUCUUAUGAAUGUCUAUGUUAAUAAUUUAUAAUAAGCGUCCAGCUGAAGAUUUAGUAUCCUAAAAUGCAUCUUCCAAAUAAUACCAAACAUGACCAGUACUGUUUUUAUAAAUAGUAUUUUUGUAACGUUCCUUUUGGAGAUCAUAACUACUGGAACCUUUUUUUAAAGUAAAACACAGUGGAGGUACUGAGUUUGGAGGCAAAGGGGGAUACGCAUGUAGUGAACAAAAGGGCAACAGAAGGUCAUGAGUGGACAUUAAUUUUGUAUUUAUGGGCAUAUACAUUAUUUAUCGAGCAUCCAUCUGAGGCUGCAUAUUCAUAAAACACAUCUAGAUCGUGUAAGAAUACCCGGUUUGCUUCAGUAUGGGGAGAAGUGAAUGGUUCAACACAUUACAGACAGGAAGUUCUCUUUUUCUCUCCCUCCUAUAUUUAUUAUGUUUAAACCGUCUGUAUGGCUUUACCAUUUAACUUCCCCAUUUGUGCAAAUUUGAAGAUAUUCUAUAGAUGUGUGUGUGUGUGUGUGUGUGUGUGUGUGUGUACCUGUAUUAGCUCUACCUCUUCUGAUUCUGUAGGUGCCAGGUAUUAUAUAUAUAUAUUAAACAGCUGUUAUGCAAUUUGUGAUCAAACGCUGAUUUUGGCCCUGCAUACGAUCUCUGAAUCUUCCCUUUGAGCUCCUUUUUGCUCUUAUGACACUUACGAUAUUGUAAUUUGUUGGUUUGUCAAUAUGAAAUAACUAAUGUAUGAUUUUUGCAGUGUUUUUAAAGGGUAAUUCCACCAAAAUGAUUUUUUUCCCCCCAAAAAAAACAAACAUUUAAGAUGGAUUCUUCCAAUGUUUCACGUACUGAAGUUCGGGGAAAGUAAAGCCUGUAAUGUUCGACACACUUGACUGUGAACUCAACCCUAAAAGCCUAUUUAAGAAGAAUUUCUCUUUUUAAAAUGUGAGCAUAUUUAAAAGCUGUUAAUGUGAUACAUUUUCAAUCUUUUGAGCAAAUCUUUUCUUUCAAUUAUGUUAUAUGUGUGUGUGUUUUUUAUGCAAAUCAACAAACAAUCACUGUGAGGAAAUGCAAUGUUGUGAAUUCCAGUGCUGGAAGAAAUUCUGCUUUUUUAUUAUAGCGUACAGGGUAAAAGAAAAAGUGUUUUUGCAACAGCUUAAUUUUCAACUUGACAUUUUUGAUGAGACUCUUUAAUGUAUCUAAAUCUAAAUCCAUUUAGUGACAGUGUGAAGUCUUAACUUUUCCUGUAUUAUUCAAAUGACUUGAUUAUGCAUCCAUUGCUGAUUUGAAGUACACGCUUUAACUGAAAUGGAUUCAGGCGACUUAGGAUAUUAAUGCAUAUCCGAAAUGUAAUGCAUUUCAAUCAUUUAAUAUGUUCCUUGAAGAAAAAGGAAGUGCACAAUCAGCGCUGCUUCUGAUCUGUUUGUAGUGCAAAUAAGGGCUUUAAGUAAUUAACGCUUUCGCAAUCAAUAUGUGAAGCACAAGACUGUUACAGUUGCAUUGAACCAAAACCAAAACCAAAAAAAAACCCCACAUUGUCUUCCACUUUGUUCUGUAUGUCUUGACUUUCUGGUUCUAAUUCCACAAUUCUUAAUAUAUUUUUGAACUCUGAAACCAAUUUUAUACAAACAUCAUAUGUGCUCAAUAUCCAUAUGUUACUCAGAAGGAAGCAGAUGUCUGUUUGUUUUUUUUAUUGAGUAGUGUUUUGAAUAAGAGCAAUAAAACAGUCCAAAUGAUUCUUAAA